ACCAGAUUAAUUUUGAUUAAUCAAGUUCAAUUUAUUUCGCUUCUCAAAUCAAUCUUUAUUCUUCAACCGGUGCAUUUUUCAUAAUAUUCUUCCUUACUUCUAACUAAAGUUGUCAAAUCAUCGACUAUUCAAGUCAAUUUCAAAAGUCUAAGCAAUUUUUAAACAAAAGCUUGACUUUUAAAGGUAAAAUUUUGUGUGAUUAGCAAAAUGAUCGAGAUCAACAUACACAUAUUUUUCCUAUUUUUGGUUUCUAUGGUACUAUUAAACCUACCAACAUCGUCAUCUUCAUCUUUAUCUUCUAUUGAUGCUAGUACAAAGGUCGUCUAUAACGUACUAAAAUUUGGUGCAAACCCAAGAGGAAAAACCGAUACAAGCAAAGCUUUCCUUAGUGCAUGGGAAGCUGCAUGCAACACAAAUGGAUCGACGUCGAUAAUUGUUCCUAAGGGAAGAUAUUUGCUUCAUCCAAUAAACUUUGAAGGUUAUAAUUGUAUGAGCAAUGAUAUAACGUUUAUUAUCGAUGGAACAAUUGUAGCCCCAAUUGAUUAUCAUUUGCUUGGUGAAGUCCAAAGAUGGGUAGGGUUUUAUAGGGUUAGUGGUCUUACAAUUUAUGGUCAUGGUACCUUUGAUGCCAAAGGAACGUCCUUGUGGGAUUGUAAGAAGGGUAUAAAUGGUGAUAAAUGUCCUCUAGGUGCAACGACAUUGACAUUUACCAACUCCAACAACAUAGUGACCAAAGGCAUUAGUUCCCUUAAUAGCCAAUUGUACCAUAUUGUGAUCAAUAACUGCAAAAAUGUUCAAGUUCAAGCAGUAAAAAUUAGAGCUACCGGAAAUAGUCCUAACACCGAUGGUAUUCACGUACAAUUCUCAUCGGACGUUACCAUUCUCAACACCAAUAUUAAAACCGGAGAUGAUUGUGUCUCUAUUGGACCUGGAACUAAAAACUUGUGGAUCGAACGUAUCGCUUGUGGCCCUAGUCACGGAAUUAGUAUUGGAAGCCUAGCAAAAGAUGAGGAUGAAGAAGGGGUACAAAAUGUAACAGUAAAAACAGCAGUAAUUUCUUACUCAACAACUGGAGUUAGAAUCAAGUCAUGGGGAAGGCCGAGUAAUGGCUUUGUUCAAGGUGUUGUAUUUCAAGAUAUUCUUAUGCGCUAUGUUUGGAAUCCUAUUAUCAUUAAUCAAAAUUAUUGCCCUCAUAAUAAAAAUUGUCCCGGUCAGGAUUCGGGAAUAGAAAUCAAAGAUGUGAAGUAUCAAAAUAUAAGAGGAACUUCAUUAAGCAAAGUAGCAAUGACAUUUGAUUGUAGUGCCACAAAUCCAUGCAAAGAAAUUAAACUCCAAAAUGUAAAUCUCAAAUAUAUUGAUGGAGAAGCUGAAUCAUAUUGUCAAAAUGCAUUUGGCAAUGUCUAUGGCUUGAUUUCACCCACUACUUGCUUGAUAUAAAACUGCACUUUUCUUCCAAUUUGUUCUUUCAAUGAUUUAAU